AUGGCAGUUAAGUUAUCAGAUAUUAUUCAAAUUUUUCGGAUCCAAAAGCUUCCUGCUUGCUUUUGGAUUGCCUUUUACGAUUGUUGCCACAAAAGCAAGAUGGUUUUAGGUACUUCGAUAAAUAAGUUACCUAAUUUAAAAAAAAAAAGGUUUGUAAGCUUCUUCGAAUCUUUUGAGAAUUUUGAAAUUUCACAAACAGUCAAAGAAGAACUUAGAGAUAAAUGCAUCGAAACAUAA